AUGACGUCACGAGAAAUAGUCAAGAUGGCGGAGACCGAGUUGAACGUCGAUAGCUUGAUAUCGCGCCUUUUGGAAGUUCGAGGAUGCAGACCAGGAAAAACUGUUCAAAUGACGGAGGCUGAAGUGAGGGGAUUGUGCCUGAAGUCACGAGAAAUCUUCCUCAGUCAGCCCAUCCUACUAGAGCUAGAGGCACCAUUGAAAAUAUGUGGUGACAUCCACGGACAAUACACAGACCUACUGCGACUGUUUGAGUAUGGUGGCUUUCCCCCAGAAUCCAACUAUCUGUUUCUAGGCGAUUAUGUAGACAGAGGAAAACAAUCCUUGGAAACGAUUUGCUUACUUCUCGCUUACAAAAUUAAAUACCCAGAGAAUUUCUUUCUUUUACGUGGAAACCAUGAAUGUGCAAGUAUCAACAGAAUAUAUGGAUUUUAUGAUGAAUGCAAAAGAAGAUUUAAUGUGAAGCUGUGGAAGACAUUUACAGAUUGCUUCAACUGUUUACCGAUAGCAGCCAUUAUUGAUGAAAAAAUAUUCUGUUGUCACGGUGGUCUAUCACCAGAUCUACAGUCUAUGGAACAGAUCCGCAGAAUUAUGCGUCCUACUGAUGUACCCGACACAGGCUUGCUGUGUGACCUGUUGUGGUCCGACCCAGACAAAGACGUCCAGGGCUGGGGAGAGAAUGACCGUGGUGUGUCCUUUACGUUUGGAGCAGAUGUUGUUAGCAAGUUUCUUAAUCGCCAUGACCUGGACUUGAUCUGUCGUGCACAUCAAGUUGUGGAAGAUGGAUAUGAGUUUUUUGCCAAAAGACAGUUAGUGACCCUAUUUUCAGCACCAAACUACUGUGGGGAGUUUGACAACGCAGGAGGCAUGAUGUCUGUGGAUGAGACAUUGAUGUGCUCCUUCCAGAUUCUAAAGCCAUCCGAAAAGAAAGCCAAGUACCAGUAUGGAGGUUUGAAUUCCGGUCGUCCAGUGACUCCCCCAAGGGGGCCACAGCCACCGAAGAAGAAAUGAUCAUAGGCGAGGAUAGGGUGGAGCACCUGCUGAAAAUGGCUGUCUCGCUUUAAGGUGAAACCUUCUGUUGUGAAAAAUACCAAACACUUACAUCAACAUCUGCAAGAGCCAGCAGAUCGUGUACGGAGGUUUCAUCUCAAAGAGUGUUCAGCUCUUCUUGACCACUGUUGUGUAUGAUAGACUGCCAGGUAGAGGACAUCCAACGCUGGAGUUGCCUCUGUGUAGACAGUGUAUAUAGCUUAAGUUUUAUGGAACAUCUCAAGUUGUUUUGUCAGCUCGUAUUUUUAUGAUGUGAAUAUAAACCAAGAAAAAAAAAAGUUAAAAAGAAAAUAUAUGACAACUGACUUAAAAACAGACAGAACUGAUUUACCAUCCUGAAAAUGCAAUGAGAUAUCUGUGAUUAAAAACAGUGUAUAUAAAGUCGAGUGGAAAGCUCCACAGAUCCCCCUGUAUAGCAAAGUUUUGUCACCCUCUGAUGCGCUAUUUUGAUGCACUGUUAGAAGAACAAAGGAUUUAUGUAGAUAGUAUGCACUAGAGAGUGUGGAGAUAUAUCUAUGCAGUGUGCAGAGUACAUGUGUAUGAGAGGAAGACGUGUGUAGGUGAGGGAGAUGGUAAGUGGGUGAGCUUGCGUGUGUGUGUGUGUGUUUUCAAGUUUUGGUACUUACUAGUAUACUAGUAUGUCUUAUACAAUAAGUACA